AUGGGGAACGAGGCCAGUUACCCGCUGGAAAUGUGCUCCCACUUUGACAAUGAUGAGAUUAGAAGGCUGGGCAAGAGCUUUAAGAAGCUGGACUUGGACAAAUCGGGCUCUCUGAGCGUGGAGGAGUUCCUGUCCCUGCCCGAGCUGCAGCAGAACCCGCUGGUGCGGCGAGUGAUCGACAUCUUCGACACGGACGGCAACGGAGAAGUGGACUUCCAGGAAUUCAUCCGGGGGACCUCCCAGUUCAGCCUCAAAGGAGUUGAGGAGCAGAAGCUGAGGUUUGCUUUCAGCAUCUACGACAUGGAUAAAGAUGGCUACAUCUCCAACGGGGAGCUUUUCCAGGUGCUGAAGAUGAUGGUGGGAAACAACAUGAGGGACUGGGAGCUACAGCAGCUGGUCGACAAAACCAUUCUCAUCCUGGACACGGAUGGCGACGGGAAAAUAUCCUUUGAGGAAUUCAGCGCUGUGGUCAGAAGAAUGGAGAUCCACAAGAAGUUGGUUGUAGUUUUGUGAGCCUUUUUCUUAAGAACGCCACCCAACAACAGUUUUUGCUUUCUCAUCUCUUUCAAGAUUUGCUCAAGACGCCCAGCCAUUGUCUCUCUGACUCACCUGGAAGUAUUUCUCUUCGUGAAGCCACAUUUUCUAACACGUUUCAUCACCCAUUCAGUGUUAUUAAUUCUUCCUCUUCCAGUGAUUUGGGAUAACACCCUGAAGUGGGGAAGAGCAAGACAAAGGAGCAUUGGUGGGAAAAGAAAAGGAAAUACCUUUUAUAAACAUAUUUUUCUUUGUUUUGAUUCAGAAACCAAACUGGAAAAACUUUAAAAGUUCAAAAAUAAGAAA